AGGUUGGAGGAGGAGAUGACGAGGGUUCAACAGGAGGAGGAAGAAAGGCUGCUGAAGCAGAAGUAGCAGCAGAAGAAGAAAAAGAGAGAAUGAGGAUUGAGAGUGGAGAAGGGAGUAGUGGCACGAUGAAGAGGGAGAAGAAGAGGAGGAGAGAGGAAGUCAACAAACUGACCGCAGAGGUGGCGAAGGUGCAGGAGUGUAGGAAAGAAGUGGAGGCGCAAGCAGACGACAAGGCCAAAUGGGAUAAGGUGUUGGGCUACCUAGAGGUGUUGAGCAAAGCAUGGAUGGAGGAGCGCCAAGCCAGUUGGAGCCAAGACGUAGCUUUGAGUGCCAUGCGAUCGGGAUUUAGAGACUUUGCGCGUGAUAUAGUCACCCACAUUGGGGGCGAAGUCAAGCAACUGAGGGACAACGUGGGAAAGUUUUGCGAAGGUGCCAUUGAAGGUGCCAAAGCAAUAGUCGCUGUAGAGGACGAGGUCAAACCCCGUAAAGAGUCUGUAAAGCUCAAGUUCCCAGACGCAUACGGGGGGAAGAAGGAGGAGAACUUUGACAACUCGGAGGCCAGUGUCAAUAGUUACAUAUAUUUACAGCACAUCCUGUCAGAGGAACAAGUCCUCGUGGCCUUCCACGCCCUUAAGGAUGAGGUGGCUAGUUUGCCAGGUCCCUUGCGCGCGCAGCCGGUUGUGAAAACAACCUGGUUGCAUAUUCAAGAGUCACCCCCCUUCCUCAAUUCUUCAAGCUCCUGAAGGAGCGAUUUGCAAACCCACCGAGAGGCGUUCGCGCCUCUGACAAGCUACAAACGAUCCACUCGCGACAGUGGAGGAGUGCAAGAGCACUCAAGGGUACCAUGGACGACUUGGUGGCCGUCCCAGACCAUGGGGUCACUGAGACCCAGUUGGUCCAAUUAUUUUAUCGUGCCAUGCCAGAGGCCCUGCGUGGGCAUUUCUUUGACAAAUCUCAACAGGCCGACAUCACUUAUGAUGCAUUGAGUAAAGAAGUUGUCCUGUA